AUGAAAGAAGCUAUCGAUCCAGGGUCAGAACCUCGUGUGCGACAUAUACGACCUGACUUGCUUAUAGAGCAUGGUGAAAAAUCUGUAGGUCGGAAUGCAAUUCGUGAGAUCUCGUAUGAUCGUAAACUAGAUCCAUUACGUGAUACAUUCACAUACCGACUCAAACAGCGCAUAUCGAAGAAUGAACUAUACCCUGAGGAACAGAAUGUGCGUGACUACCUUCGUGAUGCCUUUCAUGUACCGUCAUUUGUUGCUGAUGAGACUCCAUGGGGUCUUGUCUUACGACACAUUCUAUGCGAUCGACCCCUCUCCCGGACCGUGAUUGAUUUAGAUGCACCUAAACAGAUCAAAAGAGCAACAAAAGUUGCAUCAGACAACGUUAAGUUACAAGUACUAGUGAACAUAGCAACAAUACCUGAAUCGUAUCGAGGAAAGAUUCAACAGUUACUGGAGAACUGGUGUAGGAAUCAAAGAGUUAGUAGUGUAGUGACCCGAUUGUUUCAAUUCGCGGGGUUCAUAGCACCAAUAAUACAUCAAUCGCAAUGUUAUGUGUAUCGCCAACAUCCGGAGGAGACUUUAGCAUCUAUGAAAGAAAGAUUUUUGAAGGCUCAGCGGUACUCUUUCAUAUUGCCGGAUUAUGAACUAUUACUAACGCGUGAGCAUUGUUACUUAAUCUCUCCUGAAACACGCGUGUACAUUAUGCCUCAUGACGUUUUGCUAUUGUGGCAUAAUAAGUGUUGCGAUAUCAUUUCGAUACUUCUUGCUAGUCAGGCGAUGUCGGGUGUUUCAUUGUCUCCGUCAUUUGCACAACUUGUUGAAUCGUUGAUCCAGAGUGGUGUGAACAUCCUACUGCAGUACAAACAUAACGCAUUUGUGAUCUUCAAGGCUCUAGAGGCCUUUUGCGUGGGAGAGACCCUGCUGUCGCUAGAAGGACCCGCAAACGAAGGUUUUCUGCGAACAAUUGCCUCUGAUGUAUAUGAGAACACAGGCUUUGACUAUUAUAGCUCCGAUCUUCGGUUUUGUUUGCAAUCAGCUGGAAUUCCAGAGCGACAUGAGUUAUCAUGCCUAAGCAAGAUUUUUGGACACCCGUAUGUACGAAUGCAUGAGGGUGCUGUCAAGCUCUGUGAAAAGACGACUGAAUGCCAACUUAUUAACGUGUAUCAUGUCAAUAUAGUAACCUGCUAUGUUAAAGAAAAUUUUAUACGCAAUUAUAUACUCAAACACGGGGUGUGGCCACCAGUAGAGAUGGAGUUGAUGUCGGAAGAUCAUCCAUUACGUCGUGCACGUGAACACAAUCGCCAGCCCAAUGAUCCCUUCAUCUUACAUCACUACGGGGAAGUGAAAAUUGAAGAUUACACUCGGGUUACAUUACUCAAAUGCUUGGAAUUUGAUAGGCUGGAUAACGCACUUCCAUAUCUCAAAGAUAGAACAAUAUCUGUGAUGCGAUCAAAAGUGUGGCACACUUACCUUGAUGAUAUAUCAACUCGAGAUACAAUGACAACAUGGAAGGAAACACGAUUGUUACUAGCUUACUUACUGAAUCCUGGGUCCAGUUAUGAUCACCUAGAGUAUUUGAGGAAAUAUGAAGGAUCUCACGAUUUAGAAGACAUACUUGAUUACUUAGGCCCAGGAUUUGGCUGUAAGAGUUAUGAGGAUCGAAUGCGAUCCAUAUGUCAAGAAUCUAAUGUCAUGUCCUAUUUGGAACAAUACUCCGAUGAACAAGCCAUGACUGUAACUGAAUUAGAACUUCAAGAAAAGCUCGUGGCAUUUCGUCAAUUGGCAAAAGCCUAUCUCAUAGAAUCCUAA